UUCUUUAAUACUCAGAGUUCUGUUCCAACCCAAUCCACAGUCGUUUUGAAUCCUUUCAUUUCCCUUUUCUUUUUCCCUCUUUUGGUGGGUUCUUAGGGAAGAUCAAGAUCUACAUUUCCCCUGAUCCAUCUGCGAGAAACCCCCAACCUUCUCGGGAAAAAAAACAGGUACAAAAAAUUUUCUCAGCAUUCAAAAUCUCCCCUCGCUCUCUCUCUCUCUCUCUCUGCCACCACAAUAGAUCUGAAUGGAAAAGCUGGUGGAAGAAUCUUACAACAAGGAAAAUAUGAAGAUCGCCAUGUUAAACCACGAACACACCUUUCGACACCAAGUCUAUGAACUCCACCGGCUGUACAGAAUUCAGAAGCUGUUGAUGAGCAACAUUUCGCAGCAAAACAGAGCGAAAACAGAGGAAGAAGAAGAAGAAGCAGAAGAAGAAGAAACUGAUGUUAUUGAGGAAAGUGAGAUUGAAUUGACUUUGGGGCCUUCUUCUCAAAUCAGAGGGAGGAGGAGGAGGAACAAAAAACUGGGUUCUGAUUCUGCUGCCACUAGCUUCUCUUCUUCUUCUUCUUCCACCACUGGAUCUGCUCAAAUAGUGUCCAGAAACUCAAAUUGUUACAGAAAUGUGCAGUUUCUUGGUGGGUUUCUUGAGGCCAAUAGUACUAGUCGUGUUCAGGUUGAUGAUGAGAUUAGGCUAACUCAGCACCAUCCUUGGCUUUAUCAAGUUGUAAGCCUUAAUCUUACUUGAUUUUGUGUCUUUUUUUCCAUUUGGGUUCUCUGUUUUUAGCUUAGUUUUUUCCCUUGUCAAUGGGGGCUGAUUUGAGAGUCUUCUUCUUCUUCUUCUUCUUCUUCUGUGUACAAGUUUAUAAUUAUAACCAAGUUAAUAUAUUACUUUUGUCACUA